CUUCAUUUUCUAAUCCUAAAUUUCACCCUAAUACUUCACUUCCAAAUGUCACGUCCAAAGCAUUUCAAGAUAAUUAAGGAAAUCAAAUCUCUUGAACAGAGACUUAUUACCAUCAAGUCAGAAAUGAACAAAUUAUCUGAUACUUCAUAUCCUAAAAGCACAAAUAAGGAAAGUUUGCAUAACAAUAACAUCGCUUUCACUAAGAAAAAAUAAAAAAAUGAAGAUCCUGCCUGAUAUCAACAAGAACCAUCCUGCUAGAUCACAUGUGAAUAGAAGUGUGAACUUAGGCACUCUUAAGGUGCCAAACCAGAUUCUUAAGAGGCGAAACCAGCUAAGUAAGGGUAGCAAUAGGAACCCCAACCGCUCAAUAGAUGUAAGAGAGGGGCUAGAGAACACUCCUCUAAAGGAAUUUAAGCAAAAUAAAUUUCAUAGUAAAAAAACCAGCAUUUUUGACAAUAAAAAAGCUAAAGAUAUCAACCUCAAAGGAAGUAAUGGCAGAGACAGUAUGAUCACACAGAAGCCGGAAAAGGCACCUAUGAAAACUAGUCAAAAAUUUUUCUCAGGGGUUGAUGAUGAAAGACAAUAUAUACCCCUCAAAGAGCGAAGGAGAAGACCUAGGAACAAGAGAAGGCUGGACCCGAUUCAUAGUUCCAUUGAGCCGAAGCCUAUCUCUAAAAUCAUUGAAAACAACAUAUCUAUAAUACAGAGAAGAGAGACAAGAAACAAAGAAAUGGCUGUAGCAUACAAUUGAUCAGAUGAAUUCCUCGAAUCUCUCAAGUCCUUACAGAGACAAGGCGUGAAGCUGAAAUAAGCCAGAAACCCUAAUGCAUAUCAAAAAGACAAAUAAAAGGAAGAACAAGAGAAGAUCCUCAAUUCAAUUUGACCCAGUGAAAACUCAAACCUUAUCUAUAAACCUCAAGAAUUUGAGUCAAACUAUAAAAAAGAAAGCAAGAAGUAAAUCAAGAAAUGGCCACUCGUCUGCUUUCCAAGAUAAAAGUUCUGCUAAAUCUGAAAGUCAUGAAGAAAAUAAAGGGAGUUUAAAAUCCCAGCAAAAGAACCACAAAAAGCCAAUUCAGCCUGAUAAAAAGCUUGAACCUUCUUUAAUCCUGACAAAGAUUCUUGACACUAGAGUACUUGCAAAGGAAGGAAAAAGACAAAUGAAAGUAAAGAUGAGUUUCCAAAAUAAGAAGCAACCAAGUCUCGAAAUUUCAUCAAAAGGUAAAUCUCCAAUUCCUGGUACCAAGAAGAAGACUAUUCCUGCUGAAAGAUAUUCCCCUCUGAACAAACACCUAAAUACAGAGGAUGUGAUUAAAUCAGAGUAUAUAGCCAACCUGAAGAAUGUUUCUAAGUCUCCUUCUCCUACUAAGAUAACUAAGCUCAGUUCAAAGAAAAUACCUCCUAAAGAGAAAGAAGUUAGGCUCCCAAAUGAAAAUACAGAGGAGUUCAAUAGUAUGAAAGAGAUUCCUCAGACAAAAGAGGCUAUCCAGAAAAUUCUACCUCAUAACAAAAGAACUAGUAUGAAUCUAGAGCUUUAUAAAAAUCAGAUGGAGAAGGUCUUCUGAGUGAAUAACUCCCAUAGAGGCACUCCAGACUCUUUCAUUGACUGCUCAAAGUUCAAAGAGAAAUGUAAGAAAUUGUGCACAGCAAGGUUCAAAGACACAGAAGAGGCUAAAGACUCUCUAGCAGAGAACUCUAAAAUCAUUCCAGAGACUCCACCCAAUGUUGAUGAAAGCCAAAGUACGGAGAAAAGAGAUUUCAAAUCAGUGGAACCUUCUGAGGGUCAUGGAUCAUUACAUCGCUCUGGAACUCAAACUAGAGAGAAAGUGAAAAGCAAUAUAAGCUCUUACUGAAAUAAAGAAGAAAAAAAUCCCAAGAUGCAAGAAUUAACAUUUUGAAAAGCAAAGGAAGAAGAAAAGCAAGAUAAAAAUUCAGAUAAACACAAUCUUGAGAGUAAAGAUUCUUCUCUUUACAAUACAAAUCUAAAUGCCAAAGAAAUUAUGUCUAAUUAUCAAAGUGACAGCUUUUUCAAUACUUCCAGAGACCCUAACUCACGUCUUCAACUUGUUAACAAGGAAAAUACUAAGGAUAAUGAAAAGAAGUCAGUAAGCUCACCAGAAAAGAGUCCAAAGAAUGGUACACCAGAAGAAGAAUACCCUAAAUCUUCAAAUGAAGAAAUUCUCAAACCCAAGAUUACCCUCAACAACGGCGGUAAAGAUGUCCCUCAAGAUAUUUCAAAAGAAGAGGUGAAGGCUUCUCCUGGAGCUAUUUUAGAAAUUAAUAAUGGCAACACAGAAGAACAAGAUGCGAGUGUUGAUAUCUCCCAGAAGUCAAUGACAAUCAAGAAUAGUACUGAGGUCCACUUGAACAACACAGCUGAUGGGAAAAAUAACUUUAAUAAUAGUGUCGAAGAUUCUCUUCAACAACAAGAGUCAUUAGUGAAUGAUCAAGCAAGUAACUCGAAAGAAAUGCUAAGUAGCACCAUUCAAAAAUUUGAUAAAUUUUCCAGUGUCUCUAGUGCUCUUGAAGAAAACAUGAAUGUACAAGAGUUACCAAAGGGAAAUGCUCCAACCGUUCAUAUAUCUCUCAAAGCAGAUAAGAAUCCAUUAGGAUUAUCAGCUCCUCUAAAUGAUGCAGCUGCAUUAAAGAACCAACAGGAAAAUAAAAUGCUUAUUAAGAUGAAUUCUAUCGAGUCAAAGAACUCAUUGAUUGUGCCGAGGACAAAUUCUCAGUCAGUCCCAGGGAAUAAUUCCAACGUUCCUCGUUCCAGUAAAAGUAUAUGGACCUUCUACAAUUCCAAAGAAGGAUCAGUCAUCAACGAAAAUGAAGAAAUCGAGAUCAUGUCUAAUGUUCCAAGCUUCAAUGGAGAAUACAAUUAUGGAAUCAAAGAGUCAGAGAUAAACCAAGAGGAAUCCAGGGAUAAGGUAUUUGAGCAAUACUUUGGAGGGUUACAAGAGUCCCCCCAAAGAGAUUCUUCAGGAACCUGCACCAAAAAUGAAUCGUCACAAAAGAUACCACUAGUCAGAUCUAAAACAGCAGAUUUUAAUGCUAAGAAAACUGAGAGAUAUGAUACUUCAGUUUCUCCAACUGAGAGGGAACAAGCAUCAUGAAUCAGAGUAAGACUAGUGGAACCAAGAUCAAUAAUCCCCUCUUGGCCUGUAUUCAAGUCUAAAUAAAUGCACCUUAAGCUA